CUGGGGCGACUGAACCUUCAGCUGUUCUGUGUUGUUGCGUAGCAAUUAUUGCCAUUGUCCAGCUCAUCUGCAGGUUGUUUAUCCCACAAUAGUAUCCAAGAAUUGGAUACAUUAAAAACGACUAACCUAUGGUGGAAGAGUUGCUCAAAACACGUGAAAAGAUUCAAGAAUCCUUCACUUCUGUACCCUCAGCUCCUAAAGAAGUGAGCAGCAGCAACAUGGCAAAGGGAUCUGGGGAAGACUCCUCACUUUUAAGCGCAGAUGACAGCCAGUCUCCCACUUCAGAAUUAAAUGCUGAGAAUGCUAAGAAGUCGAAUAAGUGGUUUAAUCUGAACUUCAAAACAAAGAGGUUGACGAGGUCUCAGAGCGGUAUCGAUGACACAGCUGGGGUGUCGACAUCCACAGCUGCAGCGUCAGGGAGAUCAUUGGGCAGGAGAUUUUCUCGUGAGCAGUCGGAGAGAUAGCAGAUCUAGCAAGAAGAGGAGAGCGGAGGGCGCGGCUGGGAAUGUUUGUUUUCGGUUUCAUCAUUGGCGCGAGAUUAAUGUGGACGGGUAGAUCAGAAGAUUGAGCAGGUCGUAGUCGAGGAUUGAGCAAUGACUGAGGAUGUGGUGAGAUCUAUGAAGGAGCGGUAGCAGUGGGUGUUGUGGCAAGUUCUGCAAGGAGUUUGGAAAUGCCAUCAGUGUGGGCAUCGCUGAGUUCAUCUUGCUGAGCAAGUGCGGAUUCACAUGUGCAUUUUACUUGUUUUAUUUCGGUAGCAGCUAGCUCGAAGAACCGAGGAAGUGUUUUGUUCAGAGAAGGAUAAGCUGUAGAGUUAAACCAGGAAGAAAAACAAAUUGUAAGGGUGCUUCAAAGGACACAUCUUUGUAGAACCAGCGAAGCACGACAACAAGGUCUGUGAGGGGAAUCGAUGAUUUCGAAGCGAGGUGAAGGAGGUCUGUGAGGGGUAUCAAUGAUACAUCGUCAAUGGUACCUGAAUUGGAUAUUGAUGAAUGAAACCAGGUGAGGACCCUAACCCUAGCCCUAGACCUAACCCAGCUGAGGACGACAACGAGGUCUGUGAGGGGUAUCGAUGAAACAGCUGGGGCGUCGACAUUCACAUCUGUUGCGCGAGGGAGCGCAUUCGACAGGAGACUUUUGCGUGUGUAGUCGUAGAGGUUGUCGAGGAGAGCGGCGGGCGCCGCUAUGAAUUUUUGACUUUAGGGUUUUUCUUUGCUGGCGCAGGAUUAGAGUGGAUGGGAAGAUCUGAAGUUUGAGCAGGUGUUAGGCACGAAUUGAGCCAUGGCUCAGAAAGUUGAAUAUUAUGAGUUGAUGCGUGAUUCACUGCUUUUUGAGCCCGUAAUGUGAAUGCUUUUAGUUCUUAAGAAUCUGAAGAGGACAUUGUACAAGUGCCCAAAAUUGAUAGAAUCCACUAUCCGUUGCUAGCAGGUUUAUUGUUGGAGAGCUUUGGAUUUUUUUGAGCAUUAUGUUGGAUUAGUAGAUUUGAAGGUAGAACUUUUUAAGGUAGGAAUUGCUUGAUGUUAGCUUCUUGACAAGCCUAGGAUCAUUAGUCAAAGUUGAACGAAUUUGUGACAACAAAGCAAGUGAUUAUUGACAAGCCUAGAAUCAUUAGAGUCAAAGUUGAACGAAUUUGUGACAACAAAGCAAGUAAUUAUUGCAUGGGCAAUUUGGAUCA